AUGCGAUGCGCGAGCAAGGCCGCCGAGAGCGCAUCUGCACGUCUCUGUGCAGACGCCGAAGCAGAAACCACAGCAACCGAUGUCUCAUCGGUUGCUGAAGCGACUCAGCCUGUGUCACUUGGUGAUACAGGCGCCGGUCAUGAAGACACUCAUGUCUUCACAGAGUAUGAGCUCGGUGUCUCAUACUCUCCUGAUACGGAAGACGAAUCCGUAUCGACGGCGAUCGAAUCCAAGCCGCCUGCCAAGCGUGGAAUGGAUGAUGCUACGCGUCGUAGCGUCUUUGGUUCGUCUGACGAAUCAGACGAACCAUCGCCAAAGCGAAGGCGCUCGAGGUCGCGAGACUCGGGCGCUAACAGUGGUGUCGGUUCUCCUAUGGACACCACUUCACAGCGAGGUGCCAGUACUUCUGUGGGCACGUCGCAGGAAGAGCGGGACCGCAAUGUGUUGCGUCUCGCUCCUGAGAAGAAGGCAUGGAUGCCUCCCAAAUCCGUCAUGGAUCACUUGUCGUCGCCGACAAGUGAUCGUUAUCGAACACGGUUGUUCGAUUCGUCAAGGAUCCAUAACCUUGAUCCCAGUGCGAAAGACUAUCGCGCUGAACAUGAGUUCUUCAUCGAUGCUUUCUUCAGACAUCGAUGGUACAGUGGGAAUCACAAACGUGAUGGUCCCUCACUACUUCAGGCGUGGAACGCCUACAUCCAUAAUCUCGAGGAUGUAGGUCGUGACGCUUGGAACGACAAACUUAUCAAAGCUCGUGAUAAGUUUGAAAAGCGAACCCCGACAGGUGCACGCUAUAAGCUGCAUCGUCUGUCAAGGGAGAAAGGAUUACCCUGCCUCUCUUGGGGAGACUCGUGCCCAUGUUGUGUGAACAACUCUGCACGAGCACCUAAGGAGGCUUACCUCCUUACCAGCCCGUGGUGGCGCGUACGUGUCUCUACUGAGAUGUACGAAGGGAUUGACAACCUGAAAUCCCUUUACGACCGUGCCGGGAAGACUUUCUCCGGCGGUCCUUCUGCGGCACAGGAUGUGCCGCGUCGUACUGCUCGACCAGACCCAGUACGUCACCCAUCAGUUGGGAGCGGGGCCCCCAAGUAUCCCAGGACGGGGGAUAGCCGCGCCACCGGACGAGAUAACUCGACCGACGUCCGUUAA